GAUAGCUCGAAGAUUACGCAGUUUAAAUUAAAAAAAAAUGUAAAUGUUAUAAAUUCAGAUAUGUUAAGUGAAUCUUCAACAAAGAGACGUUUAAUACAAUUUAAACCAUCAACUAGGUUACUAUUAUCUUAUACAUUUUAUGUUUAUGUUUCAGAUGAAACAUGAUCAUACAAUAAUUACAUUCAGUCUUAUACGCAGCAGCAACUUGUUGAUUAUAUAAGCCUAGUGUUAUGAAGCCAGCCGCUUUAUUAUGAUCAGUUUUAAUACGAGGACCUUUAUUGCCUCUGACGUCACAGCUUUAUCAUUAACUCCCGCAUAGCUCGGCAGAUCAGAAACAGAACGUUGAUUGACAUUUGCCUUAUUACCGCCCAGACCAAUAUGAGCCCCGUGAUAAAACUUUUACAACUCAUAAAAUUAUUCAAUAUCGAUAAAAUACAGGACGCGAUAAAUUCAGAACAACAAGAGCACUUCUGAUGUGAUGUAUUUUCUACUAUAUUUGACAUUGCUAUGUACUUGUUACGUGGUCCAAGCUCCUUACGUGUCAGAGCCUCUUGAAGGACAAAAUCUAACAGUAUAUGAUGUGUCCGACAGAGUGGUCACCAUGUUUGGUCUUGAUAUUGAAAAUCCAAGAAUCAAAGACCUGAAAGAGAAGUUAGAAAAAAUCAGUUCUUAUAUAGUUAACAAUAAGUUAGUAGCCGACGUUCUGGGCAACGUGACUUCUGAGACCAACCUGACCGAGACAAACUUCUACAAUGCUCUAAACGAAAAUGACCACUUCAAAUACUUGAGCACGAAUGAGUCAAAAAGCUUGUACUUAACGUUGAAGGAGAAGAUGACUCGAGAUGACAUUUUAAACAUAGUAGCUGAACGAGGAGAGAGGAAGAAACUAGUGAAAUCAGCUCGACGGAUGAUGCAGGACCCGCUCCCGAAGGAAGACGAUGAAGAGAUGAUGAACGAUGUCGUCGAUAAAAUGAUAGGAGAAGCGCCACAAGACUCACACAAGUUGAAGAAAAAUGAAAGCAUAUAUUGGGACCCUCAAAACGAGUUGGAAGACUUGAAACAGUACCAUGAAGAGAAGCGCAGCGGGCGGCGCAUCUUCAAGGGCGAGAGGACCACCAUCCGGUACUACCCGUUCAUGGCCUCCGUGCACGUGAUGGGCAGGUUCUGGUGCGGGGCGGUGCUGUACUGGCAGGACAUGGCCAUCACCUCCGCGUCGUGCUUGCAACUGAUGCACAACAACCGCUUCUUCCGUGAGAACCCGCGGGUGGUUCAAUUGAGGAUGGGCAGCAACCACAGCAGGAUCGGAGGAGAGGUCAUCGACGUCCUCGAGGUAUACUUCCACCCGGGCUACAACCCCAAGUCGUUGCGGAACAACCUGGCGGUGGUGCGCCUGCGCCGGCGCCUACACUUCUCCUACCACAUCCUGCCCAAGAUCAUCGCUAUCUCCCACCACGGCCACUCGGUGCCUGCCACCGCUGAGAUACUGGUCCUCGGGUGGGGAGUCACUAAGAUAUCACAGAAACUGGCGUACGAGCCAAUCUUCUUACAGAGGAAGUUUUUGCCAGUCUACCCGAACGCUUUUUGCAAAGAGGUGUACGGGGAUAAAUUUAUAACGGAGAAUAUGUUCUGUGCCGGCACGCUGACCACGGGCGAGGGAGCCUGCGAUCACGAUGCGGGCGGUCCAGCGAUCCUAUCUGGUCGUCUGGUGGGGAUCAUCUCUUUCGGACCAGCCAUCUGCGGGUUCGCUAAUGCUCCCACUGUGUUCACCCUCAUAGGAGCUUUUGCCGAUUGGAUAGAAUCAGUUAACGAAAGCAUGCCCGGCUACUACCGCGGGAACGCUCGCUCAACCACGACCACCAAAUCUCAAGUCAACGAGUUUCUGGCCACCUACAGGAUAUCGAUGCAAAGCGCCAAGAGUACGAAGGGGCCGUUAUUGGCUCCGUUUACUUUGAAGAAGUAUAUUCCGCCCACCACGCAGGCUGAGGAGACGUUGUCAGUCGAGAAGUCGGCGGUGCCCGGCCGCAUCGCGCUGCGAGAGGGCGCGCGGGCGGGCGCCUACGAGUCGGACGGGGGGUGGAGUGCUGACUCUAAGAAAAAAUAAAUAAUCAUCUUUAUUAUAGUUACCGGCAAGGAUCUUG